UCGUUUUUUGUCUGCUGGCUGAGUGCUGGUGUUUCUAGCAAAACAAGCUAGCUGCAUCGAAACUAUUUUCUUACGCGGUUAAAUUAAUAAAUCUGUUAAAAUUCCUCUCAUAAUGUCAACUAAAACAUCUAACAGUUUAGAUGCUAGGGCAGAACUUGCUGAAUUAGUUAAAAGAAAAGCAGAAAUAUCAGAAACACUCGCCAAUUUAGAAAGGCAAAUAUAUGCGUUCGAAGGAUCUUAUCUAGAAGAUACACAACUAUAUGGCAAUAUUAUUCGAGGUUGGGAUCGUUACCUUACCACCAAUAAAACGACAAACUCGAAGGCUGAUAAACGAAACCGAAAAUUUAAGGAAGCGGAGCGGCUAUUCUCCAAAUCGUCUAUCACAUCGAUGGCGGCCGUAAGUGGGCUGGUUGAUCCUAACGAUGUCAAACACGAUCGCAAUAGCGAAUCGGACUCGAUGACUAACGAUGACUCGAGUGACAACCAAAUAGGAGUUCUAAAUUCAACUUCAUCGCUUGGUGCGGGUCUUGACAGUUCCGUUAAAAGCGCCGUCGCCAAAGGUCUCAAUUCUUCGAAAAACAAUUUGGAAAAGUCUUCAUCCUUUCUAAACCGACCUUCCACCCCGACUAAAGACGUGAGUGCGCCACCGAAAGAUUCCACAACACCGAGCAGUACAGCUAAGCACAAAACCAGCAUUGGUUCGGUGAAAAAGACCAACUCAAACAAAAAAGUUCGUCAUCGUUAAAUACAGUCCAGUAUAUUACGAUAGUUAGAUUUUUAUGAUUUUUAUGUUGCGUUUUCGCUUAAGUUUCUAGUAGGAUGUUCGUAUGUAAUCAAGCUGUGCAGUUUUAUAGGUAUAGAUUAAUUCUCGCGGGAUACGUCUUGCUGUUUCAAUAUCAAUGACUCGAGUUAUGACCCUCUUACUCUUAGAAUCAUAUUCGUAAGAUCCUUUCUGAAGUUUUCGUUCCAAUUUGUGCUAAGAGCAAUUUGAGCGUUUGGGUGGCCCCUCGUUUAGUCGAAGUUAAUUUGGGAAUACCAUUUUCAAAUUCGUUCAGAUCGAUAGAAAUGUCGAAUACGAAAGGGAACUAGAAUAAGGUGUGUAUUUAGAUUCCCCAACUAAUGUAAAACAAAUUUAUUAUAAGACAGCAUGCUACUGCUGAUGCUAAGCAUUUUAGUUAUUUAAACAAACAUUCUGGACAAUUAUUUCGAAGAAAAAAAAAACAAAUAAUAAAUUAAUGCGCGAUAAUAAA